AUGAAAGUUGCAAGGAAAAUUCAAGAGCUAGCGCCCAUGUUCAACCGACAUCAACAGCUCAUGGGAAGUAUUGAUGAGGAAUCAAUACGAACCAUUAGAAGGCUGAAGCAUAUUAUCGGCAAGUUCCGCUCUCUCAUAGAUGGUGAACCUAUCAGUACGGUCGAAAGAUGGAUUGCGCAGUUCGAAUGGUCUAGAUUGAGCAAGAAAACUGUCCCCUCUCUUUUCCAGGAUAUGGAGGUGCUAGAGAGGUCUAUGAGAACAAUCGGAACCCUGAUGCACAUUCAGUUGCUUUCCCAAACACACCAAAGGGAUGAAUCGGAUGUAGUUGUGGCACAACUUGAAUCUUUCAAGAAAAUGCUGGGUAUCGAAUUCGACAAGCUUCGGCAAGCCCAACGGGUCCAAAAGACGCUCAUGAUACAGCAACAAAUCUCACCGGGUCAACGUCUCGAGGCCACGGAGUUUGCUCAACAAAUGUUGCAGAUUUUGGAAAAGGAGAUUCCUCGACUUAUAAUUCACCAGCCCGCUGAGAGCCUGUCCAUGUCUGAUUUGCGGUCGUUACCAACCUCACCGAUAUCAUACGAGCCUUCACCCAUUACAACCCCUCACCAUCUACCCCCAGCAGCUCUGGGAGCCAGACGUCUGUCUCCAAGUUGCAGCAGAACGAGGAUGCCUCAUCACCCGGGAGGCAGAUUCCGUGGAAAAGAAGAACCCAGUCAGCCCCUUCAGCAGGUCAAGACCAAGGAGGCGCAUAUAUGCAGAUGCCACCUUUUGGACCACCAAAACUGGUUUCUCGCACGUCCAUUAGACGACCAUCUCCUGAUCGUCCCGAUUCAUCUAGCGAUGCAUUUGACCAGCAACGUACAAUGCAUCGUGGUGGCUCUCAUCCACCUCGAAGACGGCGGAACGACAGCAAAAUAUCUGAAUAUGGCGAUGGAGGUGAGGUAA